AUGUUACAGGAGGGCGACAACGUAAAGGGUCUCUCUGUUCGGAAGCAGAAGCUAGUUGAACGUAUCCACAACUGGGAUGAGGUGUACGUGCAGCUUGAAAGCAUGUCUCCAGGCGUGUACACUGAUGAGUACCUUAAGUACUCUGAAUUAUACUUUGAUAUGAUGGCUGAGAUAAAAUCAAUUAUUGACUCCCAUCAAAAAUCCGAAAAAUUAACAAGUAGCGUGAUAGAUGUGAAAUUGUCAGACAUUGUGUUACCAAAAUUUGAUGGGGAGUAUAGUGAGUGGACGGCUUUUAUAGACAUUUUUAAUUCAUUGAUACAUAAUAAUUCAAAAUUAGCGCCAGUCCAGAAAUUGCACUAUUUAAAAGGUGCUCUCACAUUAUCAGCUUUGGAAUUAAUAUCUACUAUAAGACUCACAAAUGAAAAUUAUGCAGUAGCAUAUGAUCUUGUAAUUAAAACUUACAAAAAUCCAUUUUCAAUUGUCAGUGCUCACUUGCAGAGCAUUGAUAGCAUACCUGUAAUACAAAAGGGCAGUCAUGAGAAGUUGAGAGCUCUUUUAAAUAGUGCAAGACAACAAAUUUGUAGAUGGUAA